UUUUCUGAGAUAUCAGUGAAGACACCCUCUCUUUUGUAGGGCUCUUGGCUUUCUCUGCCUGCCUUCACACUCUCUUUGCCUUUCCAGUUGUCUAUGACCCCAUCUUUUUCACCACCGUCUCUCUUCUUCCUCCCCUAGCCGCCCACUGUACAGCUCCGUGUUCCCAACUUCCCCCGUCUCCGCCGUCAGAACUCGGAAGCCGGAAUUGGAAGGAAGGUGGUGUGGUGGGGGUGGCGGCCAUGCAGCAUCCGGAGCAGGGUGGCGCCGGGUACCCCUACGGGCCGCCGCUUACAGGGAUGACCCCGUUGUUGCCACAGCCGGCAUCCGCGGCCGUGUCUGUCAGCAGCAUCCCGUCUCCGUCGCCGCCGCCGAUGCAGCCGCAGCCAGCGGGGACGAACUUGGACCAAUUGCCAGCCGCUGGCCCCGGCAGCGGCAGCGGCGCGGUCAACUUCCACCACGACGACGACAACAUGCUGGUCGACGCCGGAAGCGGCAGAAGCGGCGGCGACGCGGGGGCGGGAGGGUCCGGCAGCCGGUGGCCGCGGGAGGAAACGGUGGCGCUCAUCAGGAUCCGGUCGGAGAUGGACGCCGCCUUCCGGAACGCCGCCCUCAAGGCCCCCAUCUGGGAGGAGGUCUCCAGGAAGCUUGCGGAGCUGGGCUACCGUAGGAGCGCCAAGAAGUGCAAGGAGAAGUUCGAGAACGUGGACAAGUACUACCGCCGCACCAAGGAAGGCCGCGCCGGGCGUCAGGACGGCAAGAACUACCGCUUCUUCGCGGAGCUCGAAGCGCUCCACGCCGCGGCCCCGCAGCAGAACCUGCCAAUGGCGACCGCCGCGACAAUCUUGCCAGAUCCUCGGCCGUUGGCAAUGGCGCCUGCCUAUCCUGGCGCUGGCCUGCCGGACCUCAGCUUGUCGUCGAAUUCGGAGUCAGAGUCGGACGACGAGUCAGACGAGGAGGAAGACCAGGCGGGCGGCGGUGGCGGCAGGAGCAACGAGGGGAUGAUGGCGCUCUUCGAGGGGAUGAUAAAGCAGAUCACGGAGAAGCAAGACGCCACGCAGCGGCUGUUCCUGGAGACGCUUGAGAAGUGGGAGGCCGACCGCACCGCGCGAGAGGAGGCAUGGCGGCGGCAGGAGCUGGCGCGCAUAAGCCGCGAAAGGGAGCAGCACGCCCGGGAGCGAGCCGCUGCGGCCGCCCGCGAUGCGGCCCUGAUCGCGUUCCUCCAGCGCGUCGGCGGGAACUCCGUGCUGCCCACGCCAAUGCCGGCCCACACGGCGCCUCAUCCAGACGCGCCGGCCGCCUCGCUCCAGCUGGUGGUCGCGGCGUCGGAGGAGGGCGGCCGGCGAGGGGGAGGGGAGAGCGGCGCGGGCAUGUCACGAUGGCCCAAGGAGGAGGUCCAUGCGCUGAUCCAGCUGCGGAUGGAGAAGGACGAGCACUGCCAGGACAUGGGGGCCAAAGGGCCGCUGUGGGAGGACAUCUCCGCCGGCAUGCGAAGGAUCGGCUACAACCGGAGCUCCAAGCGGUGCAAGGAGAAGUGGGAGAACAUCAACAAGUACUUCAAGAAGGUGAAGGAGAGCAACAAGAGGCGCCCCGAGGACUCCAAGACGUGCCCCUACUUCCACCAGCUCGACGCUAUAUACCGCAAGAAGCAAUUCGCCGUGAACAACGCCGGCGGCGGCUGCUCUAGCACUGCCUCCGGGAACGCUGUGGGCGCGGUCAACGCCUCCGCCUCGGAGCAGCAUAACCCCUGGCGCGAGCUCGAGGGUAAGAUCAGCAACGACUUUGACAGGAGGCACAGCGUUGGAGGGGGAAGCUCAGAUGCCCCGCCCGGCGAUGGCGAGGUGGCCGCGGCCAGUACCGUGCUUGAUGCCAUCGCUACAAACAAGAAGUCUGAAGACAACGUGAUGGCAAUGGAGUCAAACAUUCAGUCCCAGCAGACGGAGGUGACGGCGACGGACGAGACGGACAGCGACGACAUCGAAGGCAACUACAGCGAUGAUGGCGACGACGACGGCGACGAGGAUGACAAGAUGAAGUACACCAUAGAGUUCCAGAAGCACAAAGAGGGCGGAAGCGGUAGCGCUCCUGCCCCGGCGACAGCUGCGACGGUGGUGACGAGUUCGGCCCCGACAGGCAGCACCUUCCUUGCUGUUCAGUAGGCGCCCGUGCCGAAAGAAAACCAGGCACCAGCUUCCUCUUCGGUUCAUGAGCACCAGCAGUCCUUGGCAACAUCCUAUACCAUUUGUUGAUUUGUUUCUGUAAUAGCAACCUCAGUGGUCAAAAGACAAAAAGAAAACCAAACCGAAAUAAGUGGCUCCCCUCUGUGAUUUCAUAACUAGACUGGAAAACAGGGGAGGUGCUAGAGCAAUAGAAAUCCCAAACAGCAAGUCUUUUUUAUAGGAGGCUUAUUAUAGCCUAAAUUUUACCAUUUAUGUACAUUGAUAUAGCAUUCCGAAAA